AUGCAGCCAACGAACUGUCUCCGAACUCGUCCCUAUCCAUCGUCUGGAAUUAGACUCGAGUUGUCGCCAACCACAUCUUCGAAUAGCUAUGAAUUGCGUUCAAAACGCUCCCCGGGAUACGUCUCAUCUCAUUCGUAUGGACUCGAAACUUCGGCUGCUAGUAGUAUGCCACCAAAUGCUGAGGCACUCAUCGGACGUUCCCGAGCCCUUAAGAAGAAAUACACU